AUGUCUGUCUUCGAACCGAAGACAGUCCUCACUCUUCUCAAGACUUCGACUGCUGUCUCCCCUCUCGAGAAAAACACCUUUGAAAAAAAAUGGAGGGUUAGCGUAGAGAAACGAGUCAGUACAUGGAACGAGGCACGCAGCCAUAUGAACAACCCACGUCCGCAGUUCCAGCUACAGUGGGAGUCCGAGAUCGUUGAGUACGUCCAGUUCCUGUGGGAGAAGACACGAACACGGUCAAAGAAAGGCGAGCCCAGCAAGCUAGGAGUGAACGUCCCGUUGCUCGGGCCACGGUUUUUACCUCCGUCUUACCUGCAUGUCCAGAAGCGCUCUGGAGGUGGAGCCAUCGAGCCGACAACGCAAUACCUCAAACCGCUCAACAUCGUGCAUCCGUUCUACUACCCACAGCUUGGACAAUGUCCAAGAUGUGGGUCCGACAAGGAUACGGCUUGGGAAGGCUGGACGAGUAAAGGAGCUCGAGAGCUCCAUGGGCUGUUCUGUGAAGAAGCAGCUCUGGGCACACAGCUCAGAUGCAACCGCUGCAAGGAAUCGUCGAAGGCGAAGACCAGAGGGGACACUGCCAGUGGUAUGGUGGCUGGCAUUGAGGGAUACUGCUUCGCAACGACGAGUGCGAUGUACUGGAAAGGCUGGGAGCAUUGGAGAAUCCCACGUGGCUUACCUAUAUUUUUCUACCGCUGCGCAUUGACACGCGACCUCUUUGACCUCCUCAUCGAGUUACGGCCAUCGUCGACCUCUGCAGGUCUCGAAGAACGUGUUAGGCAACUCCAUCUCUUCGAGCACAAGCGCAGGAUGUUGGAGUACCUUGAGGCUGUCAGAGCUCGCGAAUGCCAGAACGACUCGAAGAACUCACUCGGAAACUACUUCAACAGUGGUGUGACUUCGGGAACGUGCCUUCAAGCGUUUUCGGCACCCGAUGACGCACUUGGCUACAGCGACAAAUCAGUCUCUCGCGAUACGAUAACCGAGAUCGAGAGUGCGAACUACUUGAAGUCGCUAUCAGCAAUAUGUGCUUCUCUGGACAACACAUUCAAAGCCGCAAACAAGGCGACACUUACCAACAAGGACGGCCAGAAGACGAAGGAAAUCAAGGGCGGUAUUCUCACUGUCUUGAACGAGGGCAAUGAGAUUAUUUCCUGGAGGUUCUGUCAGACGCGCACUAACGCAGAGAUCGCAGAGCUCCUGCUAGGCCUCAAGCAUCGCCAUGACGUCCUUGGUCUCCCACAGCCGAAAAUGAUGGUCGCCGACAACUGCUGUCACAUUCGUGGCGCAGUGGCAUCCGCCAUGCCUGAGACAGAAGCGAAGCUGGACGUGUGGCAUUUCAGUGCCAGAUAUGUUGCUGCAAUACUGAACGCAAGCAAGAGUCCAUUUCGCAGUGCUAUUGCUGCCGAUAUCUCAGGUGCAAUCCUCAAGAUGCACGCAGAACAUGGACGUCCAGCAGAAUACUGGGAUCGCGGAGAACAAGAGCAGCGCCUUCUUGCAGCUUUUGAAAAGUGGGCUGAGAAAGGUGUGUGGUCAGCAGCGGCUCAGAAGGUACAUCAAGAACAACUCAAACAUGUCCGAAAAGGGUGUCUCGAGCGCUCGGAUCAACACCUCAGGUCUGACGGCAGCCGUGUUGAAGGCACGCACAAAGGCUGGAACUCGUUGCAGCGCGCCCAACCAAGUGGGAUUGUGAUGCUGACUGCACUCGGUCACGACUUCGUCCUCCGUCGCAACAUUCGGGUCGCCUUCAGUAGGCGUCAAAUGACGCCCUUUGUCGAAUUCACCCAUGGCUCCCACCACAUCCAACUAUCUAACCACGUCGCAAAACUCUACAACAGACUGCGCGAGAAGGGCACACAGCUGCUUCCUCUCCUACCAGAACUCCCAGAUGUCGACUCUGGCGAGACUUUUGGACUGGUUGCAUCGGACAACGCAACCACAUUUGGUGGGUUGCUCAUCAAGGAAGAGACUCUGGACGCCGAACUCGCGCACAACUUCGAGGUUCACACUGAUAGCUUCACUGGCGGGACUGUAGACUUUGCGACUGAAGCCAGCCGCAGCAUCAUGAUUGAGGACUGGCAGAUUGAUCCCGCACUCCUUGAUCAGCCUGCUGCACAGCUGCCGCGCACUAUGACGGCUUCUAACACUAACACUCUCCCUGCCGAAGUCGCACCUCCCUCCCUCAUCAAACGCAAGGCCAUUUGCAUCUCGCCCAACUCCGACGACAAGUCAAAUGGCGGGUCCGCCACUACAAAACGACCUCGGACUCUGGGUCCAGCCAGCACCAAGACACUUGAUGGCUACUUUGCCUCAGGCCGUCUUCUGACAUGGCAUGGAGAGCCUCCCAGUACUGCCGCAGGAGAGGUCACCAGUCCGUUCUCGCCCCCGACCAAUGAUACACACCCAAAGGCUGCCAGUGCUCAGGCUGGCAACAACAACCCGCCAAUCACCCCCGACCAACGAUACACGGGCAUCAAUGAGGCAGGCCAGACCCGGUCCCAGCGCCUGUUCUCCAUCGCAACGGGUAUCGAUCCUCGCUCACUCACCUUCCAAAAUUCGGACGAGUUCUACCUGUUUAUGAACAUGCGAGCCGAGUUCAAGUGGCUGUCAUACCAAAUGACUUCGAAGCGCUGGGUGCUGGCAACGGAGGAGUACAAUCACCGUCUCGUCGAGACAAUGGGCCAGUCCAUCAUCCAGAAGAACCCACAGGCCCUCCUGCGCGCACUGGGUGAUAUUGAGCCCAAACUGAUGAACCGCAUCAUCAAAGACGAGUAUACCUCAAAGAGGAACAACGAGACAUUCUGGCGCCAUCAUUGUUCUGUUGUGCCCCUCGUCAAGGAAGAGCGAGGGAAAAAGCCUCGAAAGGCGCAGACGUGCUCGCGCUGCCAAACCAUCAUGUACCCUGGCCCCGAAAACUCGCCACUCAACCACAAGCGGGGCUACUGCGCUGACGGUGUCAAGCAGGUGUUGAAGAGCGGCGAAGACCUCCCUCCCUGGCCUCAGCCUCAAGGGCUGUUCUCCGAAGGUCGCACAUUUCACCCACACGCGUUUUUGUUGGCUGUUCAGCGCGUCUACGAGCGCGUCUUCAUGCAGGGACCGGGAGAGAUGGACUUGCUUGAAACGGAGGCCUUCGCGAAGCUGCUUGCAUCGCGCACUGAGAUCCGCGAGGAUGGUGCAGUGCUUUUCCAACUGUUCACCAACUUUGUCGUUGACCCAUCCACCCCCCGCGAGCGCAUCGUCACCCACAACGACAAGCAGUGGCUCAGGAUUAAUUUCCUCCAGCAGCAGCAGCUGUAG